CAUUUCCAGGAAAAAAAAAACAUUGACAUAUUUUACAGUGGUAUCCCCUAGGAGGUUCAGUGGAUUAAGGGUAAAAUAAGUUCCUUUGCAUACCACUAAACAGCUGGCACUCUCCCACAGAGAGAAGAAUAUUUUCAACAUGGAAAAUAUAUGAUACAACAUGUGCUUAGUAUUGGGAAAAUAUCUACUUUCAAAUACAUAUAUUAAUGUUUGUAUUUCAGUGUUUUUCCUCUAAAAAUAAUGUUACUGGUACAAUGAAAAAUAACAGGGAAAAGGAAUCACAAUAAAAAUGAAAGGGGAGAUGACUCUGCGGGGUGGGCCCACAGGCUGCAGGGUGGACAGCGGAUGCAGGGACGCGGUUUGAGCUCCCACUCCCCCGUGGCGUCGUUGCCGCCAUGACGGGGCUAGUGCUGCUCUACUCCGGGGUCUUCGUGGCCUUCAGGUCCUGCCUGCUCAUCAUGGGAAUCUGCUACACCAGUUUUGACUUGGGCUCCCGCUUUGAUGUGGCAUGGUUCCUGACAGAGACUUCCCCCAUCAUGUGGUCAAACCUGGGCAUUGGCCUAGCUAUCUCCCUGUCUGUGGUUGGGGCAGCAUGGGGCAUCUAUGUCACUGGCUCUUCCAUCGCUGGGGAAGGGGUGAAGGCCCCCAGGAUUAAGACCAAGAACCUGAUCAGCAUCAUCUUCUGUGAGGCUGUGGCCAUCUACGGCAUCAUGGCGAUUGUCAUUAGCAACAUGGCUGAGCCUUGCAGUGCUACUGACCCCAAGGCCAUUGGCCAUCAAAACUACCAUGCAGGCUACUCCAUGUUUGGGGCUGGCCUCACAGUGGGCCUGUCUGACCUCUUCUGUGGAGUCUGUGUGGGCAUCGUGGGCAGUGGAGCCACCUUGGCUGAUGUGCAGAACCCCAGCCUCUUUGUAAAGAUUCUCAUUGUGGAGAUCUUUGGCAGCGCCAUUGGCCUCUUUGGGGUCAUCAUUGCAAUCCUUCAGACCUCCAGAGUGAAGAUGGGUGAUUAGAUGAUCUGUGUGUGGGUGGAGCCACCCCCCCACUCUUAUUUAUUUGUGGUUUUCCCAGGACAGCUGGAGCUGUGCCCCUUAGGCUUUCAGGGGAUUUGGUGUUCAGGGCCCUCCCCGCAUUCACUUCUGCUGCCUGUGGACUUGGAGGCACUGCCUGGCUGGACCCUCAGUGUGGCGAGUGGGCUGCUGAUGACUGUGCAGCUUUGCACCCGUGUCCCACCUCUACCUCCAGCCCAUCUUCCCAGUGUUUGUGAAAUAAACGUGGUAUUUGUCUGGGUCGAAAAAAGUGAAAGGGAAAUGUGUUACAAUUCAGAAGCUUUAAUUUUCAACAAAUCAUUAGCCUAAUAUAUCUUCCUCUUGUUGGAAUUUUUAUUCUUACUGUUGCUCAUACUGUCCUCUUUCUGCUCAGUGGUUUUUUGGUUCAUUUUUAAUUUGUUGUGGCCUCAUCUAUCUCUACACAGCCAGACCUGAGAACUGAUUCCAGGGAGCCUCGAUGCUGAGUCACAGUGGAACACACGUUUGCAGUUAGCUCUUGCACACUUGCCCUUGGGUGUCAGGCCCUUGUGAACCACAAGGCCAUAUUCCUGGGACCAGAGGUUUGCCCACACUAUGCAAUUGACGAGGAGGUUUGAACGGUGGUUACAGUCCCUGCUGUCCUUGUGGAUCCAGCAGUCAAGAAAUCCAGGUGUCUCCCAUACCGUGGAGCAGUAUCCAGGCCUGGUCUGUGGUUCUUGUUGACUAGUGGGCUCCAGAGUCAUUUAACGUGACUCUAAUAGUCUUUUAUAGCUUUCUUUAUCUCUGGUAUAAUAAGAUAUUCUAGGUUCCUUUGUACAUUUCUUCUUUUUUUUUUGCAAUUGAAGUUAUUCUUUUUUUAAUUUAAUUUUUAUUUUAUAUUGGAGUAUAGUUGAUUUACAAUGUUGUGUUAGUUUCAGGUGUACAGAAAAGUGAUUCAGUUAUACAUAUACAUAUUUCCAUUCUUUUUCAGAUUCUUUUCCCAUAUAGGUUAUUACAGAAUACUGAGUAAAGUUCCCUGUGCUAUACAGCAGGUCCUUGUUGAUUUAUCUAUUUUAUUUAUAGUAGAGUGUAUAUGUUAAUCCCAAACUCCUAAUUUAUCCCUCUCCCCUCCCACCUUUCCCCUUUGGUAACCAUAAGUUUGUUUUUGAAGUCUGUAGGUCUGUUUUUGUUUUGUAAAUAAGUUCCUUUGUAUCAUUUGUUUAGAUUCCACAUAUAAGUGAUAUCAUAUGAUAUUUGUCUUUCUCUGUCUGACCGACUUCACUUAGUAUGAUAAUCUCUAGGUUGCUGCAAAUGGCAUUAUUUCUUUUUUAUGGCUGAGUAAUACUCCAGUGUGUGUGUGUGUGUGUGUGUGUGUGUGUGUAUCACAUCUUGUUUAUCCAUUCCUGUGGCUAUUGUUAAUAGUGCUGCAGUGAAACAUUGGGGUGCAUGUAUCUUUUGUAAUUAUGGUUUACUCCAGAUAUGUGCCCAGGAAAGGGAUUGCUGGAUCAUAUGCUAGUUCUAUUUUUAGUCUUUUAAGGAACCCCUAUGCUGUUCUCCAUAGUGGUUGUACCAACUUACAUUCCCACCAACAGUGUAGGAGGGUUCCCUUUUCUCUACACCCUCUCCAGCAUUUAUUGCUUGUAGACUUUUUGAUGAUGGCCAUUCUGAACGGUGUGACGUGAUACCUCACUGUAGUUUUGAUUUGCAUUUCUCUAAUAAUUAGGGAUGUUGAGCAUCUUGCCGUGAUUUUGGCCAUCUGUAUGUCUUCUUUGGAGAAAUGUCUAUUUAGAUCUUCUGUCCAUUUUUUUGAUUGGGUUUUUUUUUGAUAUUGAGCUGUUUGUAUAUUUUGGAGAUUAAUCCCUUGUUGGUUGCAUUGUUUGCAAAUGUUCUCUCCCAUUCUGAGGAUUGUCUUUUCAUUUUAUUUAUAGUUUCCUUUGCUGUGCAGAAGCUUUUAAGUUUAAUUAGGUCCCAUUUGUUCAUUUUUGUUUUUAUUUUCAUUAUUCUAGGAAGUGGAUCCAAAAAGAUAUUGCUGCAAUUUAUGUCAAAGAGUGCCCUUGUUUUCCUCUAAGAGCUUUAAAUAGUAUUCCGUCUUACAUUUAAGUCUUUAAUCCAUUUUGAGUUUAUUUUUGUGUGUGGUGUUAGAGAAUGUUCUAAUUUCAUUCUUUUACAUGUAGCUCUUCAGUUUUCCCAGCACCACUUAUUGAAGUGAUUGUCUUUUCUCCGUUGUAUAUUCUUGCCUCCUUUGUCAUAGAUUGACCGUAGGUACAUGAGUUUAUUUCUGGGCUUUCUGUCCUAUCCCAUUGAACUAUAUUUCUCUUUUUGUGACAGUACCAUACUGUUUUUAUUACUGUAGCUUUGUAGUAUAGUCUGAAGCCAGGGAACCUGAUACCUCCAGUUCUGUUUUUCUUUCUUAGGAUUGCUUUGGCUAUUCAGGGUCUUUUGUGAUUCCAUACAAAUUAAAAAUUUUUUGUUCUAGUGAAAAAUGCCAUUGGUAUUUGAUAAGGAUUGUAUUGAAUCUAGAUUACCUUGGGUAGUAUAGUCAUUUUGACAGUAUUGAUUCUUCCAAUCCAAGAACAUGGUAUAUCUUUCCAUCUGUUUGUGUCAUCUUCAGUUGCUUUUAUCAGCAUCUCAUUGUUUUCGAGUACAGGUUUUUUGCCUCCUUAGGUAGUUUUAUUCCUAAGUAUUUUAUUCUUUGUGAUGGUAAAUGGGAUUGUUUCCUUAAUUUCUUUUUCUUAUCUUUCAUUGUUAGUGUAGAGAAAUGCAAGAGGGACUUCCCUGGUGGUCCAGCAGUUAAGACUGUGCUCCCAAUGCAGGGGGCCUGGGUUCCAUCCCUGGUCAGGGAACUAGAUCCUGCAUGCUGCAACUAAAAGAGCCCACAUGCCGCAACUAAAAGAGCCCACACGCUGCAAUGAAGAUCCCGUGUCCUACAACUAAGACCUGGUGCAGCCAAAUAAAUAAAUGUUAAAAAAAAAAAAAAAGAAAUGCAAGAGAUUUCUGUGUAUUAAUUUUGUAUCCUGCAACUUUACCAAAUUCAUUGAUGAGCUCUAGUAGUUUUCUGGUAGCAUCUUUAGGAUUUUCUGUGUAUCGUAUCUUGUCAUCUGCAAACAGUGACAGUUUUACUAAUUCUUUUCCAAUUUGUAUUCCUUUUCUUUCUUUUUCUUCUCCGAUUGCCAUGGCUAGGACUUCCAGAACUAUGUUGAAUAAGAGUGGCAAGAAUGGACAUCCUGGUCUUGCUCCUGAUUUAGAGGAAAUGCUUUCAACUUUUCACCAUUGGGAGUAUGAUGUUAGCUGUGGGCUUGUCAUAUAUGACCUUUAUUAUGUUGAGGUAGGUUCCCUCUAUGCCCACUUUCUGGAGAGUUUUUAUAAAUUGGUGUUGAAUUUUAUCAAAAGCUUGUUCUGCAUCUAUUGAGAUGAUCAUAUGUUUUUUAUUCUUCAAUUUGUUAAUGUGUGAAAGACGUCACGUUUAGUCACCUUGGAGCCCACUGCCUGGUCCCAUUAUUUUGCCCCAUCCCUAUUCCCGAGCACCCUUUGAUCUCUCAUUUCUGGAAACAGUAAGCCCGUUCAUCUAUUGUAGAGUAACCCGUGACUCAAUAUUACCAUAGUGUGAUGUCAUUUUGUGCUAUUUUGAACAAUUAAAAGACUUUUUUUGAAAAAAAAAAAACAAAUUUGUAUCACACUGAAUGAUAUGCAGAUAUUAAAAAGCCUUUGCAUCCCUGGGAUAAAUCCCACUUGAUCAUGCUGUAUGAUCCUUUUAAUGUGUUGUUGGAUUCUGUUUGCUAGUAUUUUGUUGAGGAUUUUUGUAUCUAUGUUCAUUGGCAUAUAAUUUUCUUUUUUGGUGGUAUCUUUGUCUCAUUUUGUAAUCAGGGUGAUGGUGGCCUCAUAGAAUGAGUUUGGGAGUGUUCCUUCCUCUGCAGUUUUUUAGAAUAGUUUCAGAAGGAUAGGUGUUAACUCUUCUCUAAAUGUUUGAUAGAAUUCGUCUGUGAAGCCAUCUGGUCUUGGACUUUUGUUUGUUGUAGGUUUUUAAAUCAGUUUCAAUUUCAGUACUUGUGAUUAGUCUAUUCAUAUUUUCUAUUUCUUCCUGGUUCAGGUUUGGAAGGUUAUACAUUUCUAAGAAUUUGUCUAUUUCCUCUAGGUUGUCCAUUUCACUGGCAUAUUGUUGCUUGUAGUAAGUAGUUUCUUAUGAUCCUUUGUAUAUCUGUGGUGUCAAUUGUAUCUUCUUUAUUUUUAAUUUUAUUGAUUUCAGAUCUCUCCC